AAACGAGUGUGCGGAACCGUAAAUUCGAAACGGCGAAAUUAAUCGAAAACGACGCUCUAGCGUGUUUCUUGUGUGCGAGUGUUUUUUGUGUGUAUCAUAAAACCAAUACAACGUAAGGUAGUGUUUCGAUUAGAAGAAAGCGUACAAAAUGUCUCAAAGCCAUGGAGCGGCGUUGCGAUACUCGCAAUACGCUGCCAGUACGACGGGAGCCUGCCCUCAACAGCCCUUGGUGCAGCCGUCUGGUACAGCCGGAAAACAGUCGGGCCAAACCACAACGUCGACGUCCGGCUCCGUAGCAGUGGUGACUCGACAGCAACAACAGCAGUCACAACAGCAGCACCAGCACCAGCAGGUUCCAUCGUUGCCGUUUAUGCGGCCACCGUUGCUGGUUACAUCUUCCGGUGCAACAAUGUUGCCAGCGGGGGCAUCCAGUGGCGGACGACUUCCAAAGUACCCCGGCAGUCUGUCCGGCUCCGAUACGGACGUGUCGACUUCGACCGAGAAUCUUUCACGCGAAGAGCGGUACGUGCUGAGUCACGCACGCGUCGAACCGCAGGGCGAAGAGAAUCUGCAGGGCAGUGUGACGCCGGUGAAUGAAAUGCAAGGGCGGUUCAUUGGCGACAAAUUUUCGUCCAACACCUCGACGGAUUCGACACGCUACGUGACACCGAUCGGUGGCAUGUACGCAAACAUUGGGCCCGGCCCGGGGACGGGAAACGAUGGAUCGUCCAAUCGCAGUUCGAUGGUUGGGGGUGGCGGUGGUGGUUCGAAUCGGAACUCGCUCAAGGAACCGAACUCGAACCGCUCGUCGAUGGACGUUUCACAGUCGUCGUACAACACGCUCAUCAUACACGACGACAUUUACGGUGGUAUCAACAACCGUGACUAUGCCGGCAGCCCGCCACCGUAUAUGACGAAAAAGGAACGGCCGCGCUCGUACGGCGAGGCACAGGUGGCGAUGCAGGAGAUUUCGGAGAUUCCCGAAGAGUACCUUAACCAGAGCCACGUGUUGAAGCAUCUGGCGAAAGAGGUCAAACUGCCGGCCAGCUCGACCCGGGGUGGUGGCCGACAGCAGUCCACCACCUCGUCUACGGCCUCGACAGCGAACGCGGCGGAUGGCGGCAUCGUGGAGAGCAUCGGAGAGCAUCAACCGCAGAAGAAAGCGAUCGACAAAAGAAAGGCGGGCAGCUGCGAACCCACCGGCGGUGGCACGGCAGCUGCGGCGGGUGGCAAUGGGAAGCUGAAAAGCAAAAGCCAACCCGACCUGACUCGCCUUUACGAUAUCGACCCGGAAGAACUGGAGGCGCUCGUGAAGGAAAACCAACUUCUCAAGCAGCAGCUUAACAAUUGCUAUCUGAAGGUUGCCAAAAGUCAAAAGUUGGAACAGGAAAUAGCAAACAUUUACCGAGUGCACGAGGAGCUGGUGCAAUCGUGUGACCGUCGUGAGCGCCUGGAACGGGCUGCCCGGACACGGCUGCAGCAGGACUGUCGCCGGCUACAGGAGCUGAAUCGCGCUUUCCGCGAUCAGGUUGAGGUGUACCAGAGCCAGCUACACGCGUCCUCCGAUCAUCAGCUAGGUCGCACGCAGCAAGAUGUGCUUAUUUCGCAGCUGGUCAAUCAAAAUAAAUCGCUGGUCGAUGCCAACCGGAGACAGUGCAUCGAGCUACAAGCACAGAACGCCACCCUCGAGGAGCAACGGAUUCACAUCAACGUGCUCGACACGGCGCUGAAGCGUCUCGAGGAAGAAUGCCGACAAAAGCAGGUGUACGUGGAACGUUGCGCUCAGCUGCAGCACGCACUGCAGUCGCUACAGAACGCUAGCGAACGGCGCGAGCAGGCAGAGCGCAAGCUACGAAUCGACUACGACAACGAUUUGCCGAACCGGAGUGGCAGCAGCACCAACAGUGAAACAGAUAACCUCAAGUGGCAGCUGCGAGAGAAAGAUGCCCAAAUCAUACGACUUGAGGCAGAGUGUACGAAGCUGGAGCAGCGCAAUCUGGAGGAAUCGAACGUACGGAACGUGGCCAAGAUGGCGAUGGAGCGAAACUCGCAGGAAACCGAGCGCAUACUGGCGGAGGCGAAGCAGGAAAAGAUCCGCUACCUCGACGAGGCGCAUGCCGCCAACCGGAAGGUGACGGAGCUGCAGACGCGCCUGAAGCUGGUCGAGAAUCGGCUGGCAGAAAAGGACGCCAUGAUACGGGCGUAUCAAGGACAGAAAAUCUACGGUGGAUCGACAAACUCCUACGGAUCGUACAACCUAUCGACGGAUAGCUUCGCAUUGAAUCCAUUGGGAGCCUACAACUCGCAGACAUCGUACGUGGACGUGUCGAGUAACUCGUUCGACGUGAGUGGCAACGCCGGUCACGCCGGAUCGUUACUCGAUCCGUCCGUCGUUGGGCCGUACGUCGGUGCAUCGUCGGUGGCCACCGCCUCCAGUUACGCUUCCACCUACGGUCAAACCAACCCUUCGUUCGCCCAAAGUUCGCUCAAUCUACCCGGCCAUGGCGCGGGCAGCGGAUCGGUGAUUGGUGGUGCCGCCGGGUCCGUGUCGGUGGUCGGCAACGGAGUGACCGGUUGCUACUCAUCGCCGGGCAGCAGCACGACCUCCAACUACAGCAGCACCAACUUUGGUAGCGGAACGCCCGGCAGCAGCAGCGAGCACACGAUCUACGACAGCAAAAACUACGAACUACGAUCGAUCGACGAUCAGCUGAAGCAGCUCGACGAGCAGCUGCUGAACAAGCGAGGUUUGUGUUGUUUUCCGAGCCUAACAACCAAGAAACCAAUUCAGUCGUUGCUGGCGGCCGACGAAGUGUCCGUACUCUCGGCGAACAAUAGUGAAGCCUUCCUGCAGAACCUCGCGCACAUCGACCGGCGGUCGGAGCAACAGCAACGGGAGGACCGUGAACCGGGCACCGGAAGCCAGAAAGCCACGGAGGACAUGGUGCUGCUGGAGAAGCAGGGUCGCUGUUCGCAAAAGUUGCGCGGUGGAAGCAGCGGCUCGUCCACCGGGACGGCCACACUCGGCAACCUAGCGCACGUGUCACAAGCCGUGGGCCAGAAUAUGACCGACAUCAGCAACAUCGGAUCGCCCGGUCUUUCCAACGUGGGACCGGGCAGCACCAGUGGCAAUAAGGUUUGCAUGCUGUCGAGUAUCGCAAAACAGUCCAGCGGUGUCGCCGGCCUGCUGGGAACCAGCCAUCGAGGAUCGUCACUCCCGCCGAGUGCACUACCGCGGCCACCGCGAAGUUUGAAGCCGCCGCGUAAAAUCGAAUACGGUCGUUUGAGCGAUGGCGGUGGCGGGGACGGGGGAGCUCUUGGCGGCGGCAUGAUGGGCAAGAAAACCCGUGCCGUUACCCCACCGUCACCGGCAUCCUCUGACAGUCCGAAGGAUACUUACGGUGGCCGGAUCAAGCGCCCCGUCGGUGGUGUCCGAGAUUUUUCGCCCGCCAAGGGCGGUUACGUGGAAAUGAAGGACACGCUCGGCUGUGGCGGUGGGUCACUGAAGCACAAAUCGUACGGUUCAAUGAAUGCCGUUGCUCCGGUUGGCGGAUCGGUCGGUGGUCAAGGAGGUACCAAGUUCGGGUUCGUCAAGACAUCGUCCGGUUCGGCCGGUUCCGGAUCUUCGGGUGGGUCGGGCUCGACCGUUUGCGGUGACUACGCGAAAGUUGACUACCCGUCCACCAAGAACUACCAGCGACUUGAGGAAACCCCCACGACACCGACGAUGACGACAACCGGCGCGGUAGUGGCCGACUCGCAGUCGCGCAAAAGUUCCGCCGACUCGCUGAAGCGCACGCUGUUGCCCAACGUCCGAAAGCCGUCCCCCGGCACCCAGCAGCAACAGCAGAUCAUUCCCAAGGGAGGAUCACGGGACUCUCUGAAUUCUGCCUCGUCCGGCUCGAACCACUCCAACAGCGCGGGACCGGCGCGCUCGAGUCCGCUACGAUCCACGCCGACGGCGGGAUACCACCACUCGCUACAUACACUGCAACGUACGCCACCCCGUUUCAUCCACCACCAGCAGUCCACGUCGACGGAGUCCACCAAGUCGAACUACGCCAUGGCAGUUGUCAGCAGCCAGCAGCCACAACAGCAACCACCACUCCACCAUGGGUUCUUCUCCAAGUUUGCUUCACAGUCCGUGUCACCUGCCCGCACGAUCACACAGCCGAAGAGUUCUUCCUCACUGCCCAGUUCUAGUGUGUUGCACGCGGCCGUUAGCUCGUCGGCCACCUCUGCCAUCGGCCAAAGCUCGACGGCUUCGCUGCCUCCGAAGCCGGCGGGGCUCGAUAAGCAACUCGGUCCGGCCCCACAGUCCGGCACACCGUCAGCGGUCAGCAGUUCAACCGGCCACACCGGCUACAACAACCCACAGCGCCAGCGGGGAACCAGCCUGGCACGCGUUGGCAACAAAUAUCGUAUUCAGUUUUGAGCGAAAGCCGGCGGAGAUUUGAAAUUCGAUUCAUCUUUG